AUGCUCCCCGCCUCGCUUCCCCUCAGUCGCAUCGCAGCAUCGCUCCCUGCCAUCAAACACAGUACUGCGCAUUUGAUCAUCCCUCCAUUGCUCCACGCUCCGAGGUAUUUCAGUGCUCAUAGGUUCUUUUCCUUCUCUUCACCUUCAUCCUCUUUCUCAACUUUCGUCACAACACGCUCCUCCAGUUGUCGUACCGUCAACGGUCAACAACCUGCUUCGCUCACCGCAAGAAUCCACAAGAGAGCCUUCUACGCAAAUAUCGACGAUCGCAAGAUGGCGCCUCAGCUGGAACCGUUUUUCAAGGAGGUUGACAACCUCCAAGACCACUUCAUUGAUCGCCUGAGAAAAGCUGUUGCUAUCCCGUCAAUUUCUGCCCAGGAUGACAACAGACGGGAUGUUGUCAGAAUGGGAGAAUUCCUUGUUGAUGAACUCAAGCGUCUGGGAGCUGAAGUUGAGAUCCGACAACUAGGGAAGGAACCUGGACGGCCUCAUCUGGACCUGCCCCCUGUCAUCCUCACCCGCUACGGCAACGACAAGAACAAGCGGACCAUUCUCGUCUAUGGUCAUUACGAUGUGCAGCCCGCCCUUCGUGAGGAUGGCUGGAACACGGAGCCCUUCACCCUCACAGUCGAUGAGAAAGGCAGAAUGUUCGGUCGUGGCAGCACGGAUGACAAGGGGCCCGUCGUGGGUUGGCUAAACGUCAUCGAAGCGCACCAGAAGGCUGGAGUCGAUUUCCCCGUUAACCUGCUCGGCUGCUUUGAGGGUAUGGAAGAGUACGGCUCGCUGGGGCUCGAGGAGUUCGUAAAAGCCGAAAGUAAGGCGUUUUUCAAGGAUGCUGAUGCUGUAUGCAUCUCCGAUAACUACUGGCUGGGUACUGAGAAACCAUGUCUCACCUACGGUUUGCGCGGCUGCAAUUACUACUCGCUCACCGUCUCUGGCCCGGGGCAGGACUUGCACAGCGGCGUCUUUGGCGGCACGGUCCAUGAACCUAUGACGGAUCUGGUCAUUCUCCUCUCCAAGCUGGUUGAUGCUAAAGGCAACAUCCAGAUUCCAGGCAUAAACGAGCUCGUUGCUCCACUGACAGAGGAUGAGAAGAACUUGUACACUAACAUCGGUUUCACUAUGGAUAACCUGUACGAGUCUCUUGGCAACACCACCUCCAUUUUCCCAGACAAGGAAUCCACCCUCAUGAGACGAUGGCGCUACCCAUCUCUCUCUGUCCACGGCGUGGAAGGCGCUUAUUCCGCCCCGGGUGCCAAGACAGUUAUUCCCGCGAAAGUCAUUGGAAAGUUCUCCAUCCGUACCGUGCCCAAUAUGGAGAGCGAUGAUGUGGACCGAUUGGUGUUUGAUUAUAUCAAGGCCGAGUUCGCCAAAUUGAACAGCAAGAAUACUAUGGAUUGCUCGCUGCAGCAUGGUGGGAAGUGGUGGGUGGCUAGCCCUAAACACUGGAAUUUCCAGGCUGCGAGUAAGGCUGUUAAGCAGGUAUUUGGUAUGGAGCCGGAUAUGACGAGGGAGGGCGGGAGCAUCCCCAUCACCCUCACUUUCGAAGAAGCCACUGGCAAGAACGUCCUUUUGUUGCCCAUGGGCAGCUCGACGGAUAUGGCACAUUCCACCAACGAGAAGCUCGACAAGCGCAACUAUAUUGAGGGCACUAAGCUGAUGGGCGCUUAUCUGCACUAUGUUGCUGAGGAACCUGUUAACGAGUAGACAGGUAGACAAACUUUUCUGUGUUUUUUAUCUUAUUUUUCCUGUUACACUUGGUAUUUGUGUCCGGGAGGGAUGGAGGUUGAUAUUUACUGUAUAGUUAGUUUUCACUUUGGACUUUGUAGAUGCCCUAUAAGUAGCAUGUAGCAUGAUAUAACUACAACUGAUCAUGAAAGUACCCAGGAAUGGUUUUUCAGGUGUCAGCAGGCGAUUACGGUUUAUGUGUUCUAUGUAGUUCA